AGAUUCUCAUAUCCAUUUCUAUUUCAUUGAAAAGUUUUUUCAAACAUGAAACGAUUCCCACAUGCUGCAACUGUCUCUUCUAAAGUUCUUGGAGGGAAACUCAAUUUUCCAAAUGGAAUAACCGCUCAAAAUAGAUUCAUGAAAGCUGCAAUGACUGAAAGGCUGGCUACAUAUUCUCUAGAUGAUUUCAAGAAUCAUGGCCUUCCAACUGAACAAAUUCUGAAUAUUUACGACAAAUGGGGUCACGGCCAAUUUGGAAUGAUUAUCACUGGAAAUGUAUGCGUUGAUCCGAUCAACUUGGAGGCUGCCGGAAACGCUAUAAUUUUCAAAGAAGGAGAAAGUUCUAAAAGAAGAAAUCUAUUUUCUCAAUGGGCUCAAAAAAUCAAACAAGAUGGAUCAUUGGCUAUAAUGCAAUUAUCUCAUGCAGGAAGACAAGCUUCUGUUUUUGUGAAUCCAACUCCAUAUGGAGUCUCAGAUAUUGAAUUGAAAACAGAUCCACCAGGAUCUAUGUACGGAAAACCGAUUGCAUUGACAACAGAUCAAAUUAAAACUGAAGUUGUUGAUCGAUUCGUUUACGCCGCAAAAUUUGCAUAUGAAUGUGGAUUUGAUGGGGUACAACUUCAUGGUGCUCAUGGAUAUUUGCUUACUCAAUUUACAUCACCAACUACAAAUAAUCGAAAUGAUAAAUACGGAGGUUCAAUUGAAAAUAGAAAUCGUGUUAUAAUUGAAAUUUACGAUGAGAUUCGGAAAGAAAUUCCAGAGACAAGUGGAUUUUUGAUUGGAAUUAAAACCAAUUCCAAAGAAUUUCAAGAUAAAGGAACAACUGUGGAGGACGCUAAACAAAUGUGCAUUGAAUAUGAGAAACGUGGAUUUGACUUCGUGGAACUCACUGGAGGAACUGCCGAGAAAUUUGUAUUCGCUCAUCAAAGAGAGUCGACUGUAAUCAGAGAAGCAUUCUUUGUGGAAUUUGCUGAAACCAUCCGUCCCGUUUUCAAGAACACUGUUGUCUAUUUAACUGGAGGAUUCAGAACAACUGGUGCAAUGGUUGAUGCAAUUACACGUAAUACAACUCAAGGAAUUGGAUUGGGACGCCCAGCAACUGCAGAACCAGAUCUUCCAAAAAAGCUUCUUAAUGGAGAUGUACCGUCAGCAGUGAAAGAUGAAUUUAAUCCAAAUGAUAUGAUUAAACAAAUUAUGGCAAGUGGAUCUCAAAUUGAACAAAUGGCAAGAAAUAGUGUGGAAGGUGCAGGCGGAAAUGUAAUGGAUCAAAUCACGGAUUAUAGUGAUGAAAAGAUGGUGGCUUUAUUUACUGAAAAAGCUGCGCAAUUGUUUGUAGAUGCAGCAAAAGAUGCGUUAGCUGGAAAAAUUCCUAAAAAUAUUGUUAUCAUGAAUUGAAUUGGUUAAAUGUGAAAUAUAAUCUUGUAAUAAAUGUGUUUUUG